CCUAGUUGUUGAUUUCGUUCUGUUUAUCUAAAGUUUAUCUGUACGAGUUCGGUUAAAAAUAAACAAUCAAGUUCAGUAAGUCCACGUAUUCGCUGUAUUACUUCACGUUAAAAAGUAUUGAAAAUCAUCAAACAUCCUGUAUGUUAAUUAUUCAUUUAAUUAACCAUUUAAAUGCCUUCUAUAUUACUUUCCUUGCCGGAAAUAUUCAAUGCCUACAAAAGGUGGGUUAUAAAAAAUCCAAACAGUUUAAGUGACUAUGAACUGACAGCUAAAUGGAUUAGUUACUUUAUUGCAGGACGAAUAAACAGUUCCCAUGUUGUCUCUGAACUGGUGUAUUGUCUGUCUAACUUGUUGGUAUUCUUCAAUGACAGAAUCUUAAACCAAACCAAACACAUCCAUCUUCCCACUUCUGGAGACACGAUAAAAAUAUGGCUAACUGUUAUCGAAUACUCUGAAGUUUUUCUUGAACUGUCUGCUAAAAAAAUUUGGGGUAGCACUGGAAAAUGGUUGAUUGUUGUUGCUAUUCAAGUAUUCAGAUGUAUUUCGCGACUGAUAUUAGUGUACAUCCACAAAGAGAAAUUAGUGCAAUCGCCCCCAAUACCGACACUCGAUCGCAAAAACCUGGAUAAACCAAUUGCAAACGAAGUUCAACAAUUCGAACGCACCACAUUCACCCUGAAACGUAGCGGCAGAGUAAUGAGGAAGGUGGAAACUGCACCACCAAUCACGCACCGAGACUGGAAGCCGCUUCAAAAUUACAUUGUUGAUGAAAGUGUCUCGAUUGACGACGCCUUAGACAAAAGGAAAUUAUUUGCUGAAACUAUUUACAUUGCCAAACCAUUGAUACAUUUAGCUUCUAUGGCUUAUUUUGGUACCAAGACCUGGAAACCAUACAUGUUGUCUUUGGCCAUGGAUAUCAUUAGUUUGGAAUUAUAUAGAUCUUGUGGUAAAGCAAAACUCAACAGUUUAUCCAAAGAACAGAGACUGCAGAUAUCACGGAGGACAGUAGCUCUUGUACUGUAUCUGAUUAGGUCCCCAGUUUAUGAGAAAUAUAGCAAAGUCAAGAUAGAUAGAUUUUUAAUGGCAAUGGGCCAAAAUUUGCCUUUGGUUGGUAUGAUUUGUACCCCAUUGGCUCACUAUUUGCCUUUCUGGCAGUCUUGUUAUUUUUACAUGUGGUCAUCAUAAUUAGUUACUUAUUCAUAAGAAUGGUCUAAGAGGUUUUUAUUGUUAUAAGUUUCUUAUAAUUUUUUAUAAGGUGGGGAAGGAGGUGUUUUGUAUUUAUUGUGAUGAAAGGAACAACAUUUUAAAUAAACUACUUAUACUUUU